GGGGAGAGGGGGCGGAGGAGUUGCUCUCCGAGUCCAAGCCCUUGGGCUCUCUCAGAGAUCCUCAAGCCGGAGCAGAGGGGGCUGGCAGGCCCAGCCUUUUGUUGGCCUCUGCUUUCUUUCCACUGCCUGCUUUUUCGGACCGGAAUCACGGCUGCUCUGAAGGGCUUAGUCCUAGACAGUAGGGUGCCACGAACGCGCUGAUGCCCAGAGCGCUCGCAGGGCUUCCAGCUAACCAUGCCACGGCCGCCGGCAGCUGCCCUGGCGCUGCCCUCGCUACUGCUACUGCUGGUGGUGCGGACGCCGCCCCCGACAGGCGCGCGACCGUCCCCAGGCCCCGAUUACCUGCGGCGCGGCUGGCUGCGGCUGCUGGCGGAGGGCGAGGGCUGCGCUCCCUGCCGGCCAGAAGAGUGCGCCGCGCCACGGGGCUGCCUGGCCGGCCGGGUGCGCGACGCGUGCGGCUGCUGCUGGGAAUGCGCCAACCUCGAGGGCCAGCUCUGCGACCUGGACCCCAGCGCCCACUUCUACGGGCGCUGCGGCGAGCAGCUUGAGUGCCGGUUGGACGCAGGCGGCGACCUGAGCCGCGGGGAGGUGCCGGAGCCGCUGUGCGCCUGCCGCUCGCAGCGCCCGCUCUGCGGAUCCGACGGCCGCACCUACGCUCAGAUCUGCCGGCUGCAGGAGGCGGCCCGCGCUCGGCCCGACGCCAACCUCACUGUGGCGCACCCGGGGCCCUGCGAAUCGGAGCCCCAGAUCGUGUUGCACCCAUAUGACAUUUGGAACGUGACGGGACAGGAUGUGAUCUUUGGCUGUGAGGUGUUUGCCUACCCCAUGGCAUCCAUCGAGUGGAGGAAGGACGGCUUGGACAUUCAGCUGCCAGGGGAUGAUCCCCACAUCUCAGUGCAGUUCAGGGGUGGACCCCAGAGGUUUGAAGUGACAGGCUGGCUGCAGAUCCAAGCUGUGCGUCCCAGCGAUGAGGGUAUCUACCGCUGCCUGGCCCGCAAUGCUCUCGGCCAGGUUGAGGCCCCAGCUAGCCUGACAGUGCUCACGCCGGACCAGCUGAACUCUACAGGCAUCCCCCAGCUGCCAUCCCUACAUCUGGUUCCUGAGGAGGAGGCUGAGAGUGAAGAGGGCGAGGAUUACUACUAGGUCCGGAGCUCUGGCCUAUGGGGGUGGGUGAGUGGGGACAGUAUUCAUCCCUGCUCUUGAAAAGACCUGAAAGGGGGAGCGGGGGCCUUUAAUCACUUUAAUGCCCUUAAUAGGGGAGACGUGGUAGUGGUAAGUAGGAAGACAAAGUUGGAGGAUAAGGAGAGAGGCAGAGACUAGGGGUGGUGGGAUGCUAAGAGGCCCAUGGAGGAAGUGCCCUGGCCAGGACAGUCUCCAGCGGGGACUAACCAGGCAGAAGACAGCAGCUGCCUGCUGGUCCCUCGGCUGGGUGGGGGUGUGGGGGCACAAGGUGGGGCACAAGGCACCUCGGCUGGGUGGGGCUGGGUGGGGGUGAAGAGUGGGCACAAAGAGGCAACCAAGGUCCUCCAUUUCUUUCUGAGAGCCCUGCCUCCAGCCCUGCUCAGCCAGUCUUUCUAAUUACCCUUUACCACAGCUCUGGCUGUUGUUUUUCUAGUCCCUAACCUUUGCCUAGCCUCAGUUUACCCUUCCUCAAAACUCACCUUCUAGAAAUUUCCCCCCUCACCUAAGUCCCAGUUGCAUUUACUAACUGUAGUCCUCUUUGCUGUUGGCCAUCUGUUGUCUAGAAAAGCAUAAUGGAGCAUGGUUUAGUCCAGGGCAGUAAAAUGGGCAUUUGGUCAUGACUGGCUUCUGUCAUUCUGGAAACCCCACAAGGCCAGCACCAUAUCUUAUACCACUCUGUAUUGGACAAUGCCUAGCACGGGACUAGGCACAGUAGGCACGCAAUAAAGGAUUUAUGAACAAACUGA